AUGACCUGUUCAUGCAAAGCCACCGUUGCCGCCUACCUCACUUUCAACGACGUUGUCCGCAUCGCCAAGGAGCAAAAGGUAAUUGUGGUGGUUGAGAUUGCCCCUGCCCCGCGCCUGCCCUCCGAUGUCCGCCAACAGCCCUGCCAGAAUGCUGUUGCGAUUGGCCACUCCCUCAACCACUGCAACGCCGGCACCGUCGAGUUCCUCGUGGACACACCCGAUGGCCGUCAUAACUUCAUGGAGGUGAACCCGCGCAUCCAAGUCGCGGAGAUGAUGAUUGAGCUCGAGCAGGACACAAUCCCACCCUGCGGAUUCAGCAUCAAGGCGCGCAUCACCACGAAGGACCCGCUCAACGACUUUUUGGCCCCGAUACAGCGGUACGACCCAUUCACCCGGCAGCCGGCAGUGGGCCACGAACCGGAGCCAUACACAACAGCAGCACCACCACCGGCACAUGGUGAGGAUGAUGAGGCAGCACUUGGGCCGUUUGACGUGCUUGUGCACCACACGGGCAUGCUUGAGCUGGUGCGCGCGCUCCUUGGCAAGCAGCAGGGCGUCAUCAGCAUCACGCCACUGGACGAACAUCAGGGGCAGGUUGCCCGCGUCAGUUGUGCGACGCGUGACGUUGGCGAGCGCGUCCUGAGGGAGAUGACUAACUUCCCGAUUGGGCAGGUGCAGCUGACGGCCCGCCGCGACCCGGACUGCCCCUCCUGGACGGCGGACGAGCUGUGGUCCGUGUGGGUCGAGCCCGUGUCCGAAGGUCUUGAGGAGGUGCUGCCCUCGCUCGCCAAGGCAAACGGCGGCUUCCACUCGCACACGUACAAGCCGGACGGUAACCGUUUCAGAGGCACAUUCAGGUUUGUGUCACGGGAGAGCGCGGAGCUGAUGGUCCGCCUGUACGACCAGCGAGAGGUGCUGGACACGAAGCUCAACGUGUUCCCAGACCCAAAGGCCAAAAACUGGAAGAGCAAAGGGCAAGGACUCCACGCGACGCUGGAGCGCGCUGGCGUCAACUUCCAGUCGCUGCAGGUCUUCCCGGACCUGCGCUGUGCAAGCGUGGACGUGGUUGCCGACAGCGAGGAGGCCGGCGGGGCUUGUCGUCUGGAGGCGCGCCAGGCACCGCUGCACCGCAUUGUUGUCACGUGCACCCCGCACAGCAAGCCCACCACGGGCCGCGACAUUGUGCAGGCGUUUGAGACGAACUUUGGCAGCACGGCGAAGCUUGUGCCCAUCCCGCAGUCCCUCAAGGACACGCUGUCCCACAUCCAGCCGUUUGCCAACACGCGCUUGGCUGAACCAGAACAAGAACAAAGAGAAGAGCAGCAGCAGGGUGGAGGUGGCAGUGAGGCACACGAUGCUGUUGCGAUGCCAAAUGCUGUGCACGACCCUCAUCAGUACAAGAAAGACGGUGAUGCUGGCAGCGACAGUAGCAAAAGCAGCGUCACGUCCCCUGAGACCACGCUGCAGCGCAUGUUUGUGCUGGAGACAACAGACACGCGUGCGGCGCAUGCGUGUGUCUGCAUGAUGCAGUUUGCCACCUCUGUCUCGCACAAGUUUGUGGCGCGGCUGUGCUACCCGAACGACGUGCACGUGGUGGUGCUCGACCCCAAGCUGGGCGGCCUCCUGUCGGACCUCGUCGACGCAUUCAACAAGCGCAGCGUGGCCAAAGACCUCGACGUGCUGGCGGCUGCAACCACAAAUAACCGCAACUGCUUCACGGGCAGCACCGCCGUGCUGGUGUGGUCACAGGCCAUGCUGCUUGCAAGCUUCCUCGCGCCCGCCUUCCACCCGUUUGCCCGCAGCGACCGCGUGCUGGGCGACGACAAGAUCAUGGAGCACGUCCUCAACGACUACGGCUUCAAGCUCGUGCGCUUCCCGACGCUUGGCCUGCUGCCCUACGCCAGCACGGUGCACGGGGCCAUGCGGGAUGUGGAGUAUGUGCGACCGCCGCCCGUCACCAGCACCCCACCCAUCGCAUCCCCCGUGGCACCCCAGCAGGCGCUUAUACACACGCGCGACCUGGACGGCGCCAUGCUGCUGGAGUACUCGCUGGAGCGCGGGCUCGGCUACAUCAACAGCACCGUCGGCGCUCACAUCAAGUCGCAGACGACGAUCAGCGUCACGGGCAUACAGUGCCGCUUCCUGGACUCGCAGCUGCUGGAGCUGGCCCGCAAGUUCCGCGUGUAUGUGCGCAAGCCCAGCGCGGAGGACAGGGACGCAUGCGCCUCAAGCGGCAUGCAGCGGCAGCUGACGGCGUUUGACAACGCGGUGCAGGACACGCUCAAGGAGUACCUGCACCACGUGCUCGGGCUGCCGGUCAUUGACACGUCGCACGUGCCGGAGAUGUCCGAGGCGGACGUCACCUUCCUGAAGCGCAAGCUGUUCAACUACCUGACCAAGGCCAGCCGCACGCUGUGCCGCAAGCAAGGACGGCGUGGUGCGCUACGUUGCGCCACAGGACGUGAUUGGCGCGCCCACUGA